AUGAGCUCCAACAUGGGCGUCAAUAAUUACAUGAAUAUGUUUGUACAACCUCAGAACGGCGAUAGCUCAUUGAAUAAACGCGAAUCGUCUGGUUCUGAUGCUAAUGACCGCAAGCGGAAGAAGAAGUCGAGAUGGGGUGGAAGUGACUUGGAGAAGACAUUUAUACCAGGCAUGCCCACAGUACUGCCUCAUAACCUCACUAAAGAACAAGAGGAAGCUUAUAUUUUACAACUACAAAUAGAAGAAAUUGGACGCAAGCUGAGGACAGGAGAGCUGGGCAUUCCAUCUAAUCCUGAAGAAAGAUCGCCUUCGCCAGAACCCAUUUAUAGCAGUGAUGGUAAGCGAAUGAAUACUAGAGAAUAUCGAACUCGUAAAAAGUUGGAAGAAGAACGCCAUAGGCUUAUUCAACGCAUGGCAAUUAUAAAUCCUACAUUUAAACCUCCUGCUGAUUAUAAACCUCCAGUUAUUCGUGUUAGUGAUAAAGUAAUGAUACCUCAAGAUGAACAUCCAGACAUCAAUUUUGUAGGUCUUUUAAUAGGACCGCGUGGAAAUACAUUAAAAUCAAUGGAAAAGGAAACUGGUGCAAAAAUUAUUAUCCGUGGUAAAGGUUCAGUCAAAGAAGGAAAAGUUGCUCGUAAAGAUGGACAACCACUACCAGGAGAAGAUGAACCAUUACAUGCUUAUGUAACUGGAAACAACCCUGAAUAUGUUCAAAAAGCUGUGAACAAAAUUAAAGAAAUUAUAAAACAAGGUGUAGAAGUUCCAGAAGGUCAAAAUGAUUUGCGGCGCAUGCAACUUAGAGAACUUGCUUUAUUGAAUGGUACUCUGAGAGAAAAUGAUGGACCAAGGUGUUCUAAUUGUGGUGCUGCUGAUCAUAAAUCUUGGAUGUGUCAAGAUAAACCUAACAUUACAAACAGUAUAUUAUGCACUCAGUGUGGAGGGGCUGGGCAUAUUGCAAAAGAUUGCAGAAUGAAAAACACUGGUGGUGCUAGUUUCCCAAUUAGUCAGGAUAAGAAUAAAAUUGAUGAAGAAUAUAUGUCUCUGAUGGCUGAACUUGGUGAAGGUCCACCACCACCAAAACAUGAUGAUAAUUCCAUGCGUCCUUCUAUUGGGAACAGUAAUGGAGGUUUAUUUAAUAAGCCUCAACCAUUAAAACCACUUAUGUCAAUACCACCACCUCAUUCAAUACCAAAUUCAUUACCUCCACCACCAUGGUCAAAUCAACCGAUGAAUGGAGCACCCAUGGCUCCUCCUGGAAUAAAUGUUCCACCUCCCUGGCAAAUGCCGCCGCCAUCAAAUCAACAGUAUUCUAACAUUCCACCACCACCACCGGCAUCAAAUCAAAAUUUUCAACAACAGAUGCCAUGGGCCAUGCCACCACCUCCACCACCUCCCAACCAACCAACAUCUAUGCCACCUCCGUGGCAACAAGGUCCACCACCUGCACCUCCUGCUCCUACAACUGUAUCUGGUAUGUGGCCUCCACCUACUCAACCAUGGCCAAGCCAGCAGCAACACCAAGCAAAAGCUCCACCAUCAAUGAAUCCUCCAACUAUGAUGAUGCCUCCCCCUGAUUUGCAAACACUAUUAGCAGUGCCGCCUCCGCCGCCACCACCUCCUCCUUCAAAUUAA